UUGCAGGCUGCGCGCAACGGAGAGGAGCAGAACACGGAGGCCUUUUUGAAAGGAGGUCAGCUCUACGUGCGGACCACCAGGGACGUCCACCAGGAGGAGGAACUACUGGUGUGGUACGACCGGGAGCUAUGUCACCUUCUGGGCUUCACAGAAACCUGCAGAGGCUCGGGUGAAGAGUUCAAAUGUAUCAGGUGCGAGCAGGUAUUCAAGAAUGAAUAUCCCUUCCUGGCUCAUUGCCGUUUCUUUUGCCCGCAAAUCUCAAGCGACACGUGGAGUCGUGAUGUUCACGAUCACAAGCACGUGGAAGUCAAGAGGCAGCGGCGUGUAACAGACUUCCAUAAUAUUGCCAGAGAUUUGGAACACAAGAAAAGCGACGCCGAUGAUGAUGUUCCCUACGGGAAUAAACGGAAAUACCAGGAAACUGUUUACUUCAAAGGGAGGAAAACAGUCUUGUUGGAAAAAAAUAAUAUUUCAAAUGAUGAUAACAUUACCCAACUGGACAAGAUCCAGGAUGAGGCUGGAGGAGAUGCAUCUGACUCACCAUUGAAGAUAAAAGCUGACACGACCAAAGUAGAUCAUUUGGGAUGUAAAAAUUCAACUUUUGGAGAGGAGACGGAAGCCAAAUUGAUGAUUACGCAUGACAGGUUGAUGGACUCGGAGUCGAAUACAGGAGAGAGCUCCGGUUUACACUCCAGCACUGGUAGCGCUUUUUCUUUAGUCCACUCCGGUCAUCGAGAACAGAGAAGCGCUUUUUGUAAACCCAGUAAAAGGAUCUCUGCGGGCGAACUGCAUAAAGGUAGCCCAACAAUGGUACCUUCAGCCAGCCCGGAGGAGAUGAAAGAGACCUUCCCGCCCAGGACUGUUUCAGGAUACACUAACCUGAUGGCUCCUAGCAUCCUUAGCAGUGAUGUCCACACGUUGCUUUCCCCCAUCACGCUAAACGCCCCCUUCCAUUACGCAUCAGACCACUGGUCAAGAACUGCUCAGGUCCAGUCCAACUCAGCUCUGACAGUCCUCCCACCCACCUUCACGUCCUUUGGUGUGUCAGUGCAAAACUGGUGCGCCAAGUGCAACCUGUCUUUCCGCAUGACGUCUGACCUCGUCUUCCACAUGCGCUCCCACCACAAGAAGGAGUUUGCCGCUGAGUCCCAAGUGAGGAGGAGGCGGGAGGAGAAGCUCACCUGCCCUAUCUGUCACGAGUACUUCAGAGAACGACACCACCUGUCCAGACACAUGACGUCACACAACUGAGACUUCACCUGCCAGAAGAAUGAUGUAUUUAUUCUUUAAUUGAGGUUUCGCUAUUUAAUAGGUUUAGAAUCCAGGAUUCACAAUGAGACUUCGAUGUUAAACAGUGAAUGUAGAUAGCUGUAAUAAAAUAGCAUAUGGCCAAUACAGCCUUGUCCGCUAGGGGGCGGCAGAGGUACAUGGACGCUGACCUCCAGGGUGCUUGUCUGUCCUUCAGGCCUGUGUGUUUGUAGUUUGAUGAUGAUUUGGUGCCUUAAGGAGCUCAGGAUGGAAAAUAGAUGGGAGGUGUGGAGGACAGCUCACGAUUGUCACGCAUAUCUCGAAACGGUCCUUAUUAUUUAUCCUUCUGCUUUUUACAUGCAAAUGUAUGUGUUUGCACCUUUACAAAUCUAAACUUGUCCACAUGAAAAAAUGUGUUGAGUGUUUUUUUUUCUCGAAAUCUUUGAACAAUAAAUAAUUUAU